UCAACUGUGAAUGUCAUAGUUAGCUACUUUCAACUGGAAGCUACAACAUGGAUUUAUGGAAUCUGUCUUGGUUUCUGUUCUUGGAUGCUCUUCUCGUGAUUUCUGGCUUGCCAACUCCAGAAAACUUUGAUGUAGAUGGCGGAAUGGACCAGGACAUAUUUGAUAUCAAUGAAGGUUUGGGACUGGAUCUUUUUGAGGGUGACAUCAGACUUGAUAGGGCACAAAUUAGAAAUUCCAUCAUCGGAGAAAUGUAUAGAUGGCCUCAUACCAUUCCAUAUGUUCUAGAAGAUAGCUUGGAAAUGAAUGCUAAGGGAGUUAUCCUCAAUGCAUUUGAACGUUAUCGCCUAAAAACAUGUAUUGACUUUAAGCCUUGGGCUGGAGAAACAAACUAUAUAUCAGUGUUCAAGGGCAGUGGCUGCUGGUCUUCAGUAGGAAAUAGGCGGGUUGGGAAGCAAGAACUUUCCAUCGGGGCAAACUGUGACCGAAUAGCAACGGUUCAACACGAGUUCCUCCAUGCUCUGGGAUUCUGGCACGAGCAGUCGCGUUCCGACCGGGAUGACUAUGUCAGGAUAAUGUGGGACAGAAUUCUGUCAGGCAGAGAGCACAAUUUUAACACCUAUAGUGACGACGUAUCAGAUUCCCUGAAUGUUCCCUAUGAUUACACUUCAGUAAUGCACUACAGUAAAACUGCAUUCCAAAACGGAACGGAGCCGACAAUUGUCACAAGAAUCUCAGACUUUGAGGAUGUGAUCGGCCAACGAAUGGAUUUCAGUGACUCUGAUCUCCUAAAGUUGAAUCAACUGUAUAACUGCUCCUCUUCCUUGAGUUUUAUGGACUCAUGCAGUUUUGAACUGGAAAAUGUAUGUGGCAUGAUCCAAAGUUCAGGAGAUAAUGCUGACUGGCAACGGGUUUCACAGGUUCCCAGGGGGCCAGAGAAUGAUCACUCCAACAUGGGCCAGUGCCAAGGUUCUGGUUUCUUCAUGCAUUUCGAUAGCAGCUCUGUAAAUGUGGGAGCCACAGCAGUGCUGGAAAGUAGAACGCUGUACCCUAAAAGAGGAUUUCAGUGCUUGCAAUUUUACUUAUAUAACAGUGGCAGUGAAAGUGAUCAACUGAACAUCUACAUCAGGGAGUAUUCUGCAGACAAUGUGGAUGGCAAUUUAACCCUUGUGGAAGAAAUAAAAGAAAUACCCACUGGGAGCUGGCAACUUUAUCAUGUAACAUUGGAAGUGACCAAGAAGUUUAGAGUGGUGUUUGAAGGACGCAAAGGCUCUGGUGCAUCACUGGGUGGUCUGUCUAUUGAUGACAUUAAUCUUUCGGAAACACGGUGCCCUCAUCAUAUCUGGCAUAUAAGGAAUUUCACACAGUUCAUUGGCAGCCCAAAUGGAACUCUGUAUAGCCCUCCAUUUUACUCUUCUAAAGGUUAUGCCUUUCAGAUUUACUUAAAUCUAAUCCAUGUGACUAAUGCAGGGAUAUAUUUCCACUUGAUCUCUGGAGCCAAUGAUGAUCAAUUACAGUGGCCAUGUCCUUGGCAACAAGCCACAAUGACACUUUUGGAUCAAAAUCCUGACAUUCGACAGCGUAUGUCCAAUCAGCGGAGUAUAACUACAGACCCAUUUAUGACCACUGAUAAUGGAAACUAUUUUUGGGACAGGCCUUCCAAAGUGGGAGCAGUGGCUUUUUUCCCUAAUGGAACUCAGUUUAGAAGAGGUGGGGGCUAUGGAACCAGUGCCUUUAUAACCCACGAGAGGCUGAAAAGCAGAGAUUUUAUAAAAGGAGAUGAUGUUUAUAUCCUACUGACAGUGGAAGACAUAUCUCACCUCAACUCUACACAAAUCCAGCUAACACCAACCCCUAGUGUUCAAGACCUCUGCUCAAAAACCACCUGUGAAAAUGAUGGUGUCUGCACUGUUCGAGAUGGCAAAGCUGAGUGCAGGUGCCAGUCAGGGGAAGACUGGUGGUACAUGGGAGAAAGGUGUGAAAAGAGAGGCUCCACCCGAGACACCAUAGUCAUUGCUGUUUCAUCUACUGUUGCUGUGUUCGCCUUGAUGCUGAUCAUCACUCUUGUCAGUGUCUAUUGCACCAGGAAGAAAUAUCGUGAAAGGAUGAGCUCAAAUAGACCAAACUUGACUCCACAAAAUCAGCAUGCUUUUUGAAGAUUAACUCGACAAUAUGGCCAGCAAUUGAAAUUAAAAAGGAUUCUUCAUCAUGGAUUUCGCCUAAGUGAUAUUACAGCCACCUCAUUCUUCUAAAAAUGGAUCUUUUUCUGUAAAUAGCUGGAAAUACUAUAAAUCACUAUUUUGGUCAAAGUCAAA